CUCGUCCCACAUCUGCUGGAGCAGACUCGGGUGUCUCCUCCCAUAUGUGACUUCCCUCCUGCUGUUCGGAUCGUUGCAGCCAGCAAGCAGACGCUGACUGACGCGGAGCAUAUGGAGAGUGGCACAAACAGCGGGGGCAUGCCAGGCUGCCUUCUAGCUACCGUCUGCCUGUGGGCUUCGGUCAGCUGGCAGAACGGAAACGCUCAAUGGACCACAGAGAAAAAUUCACAUCGCCCACUGGUUUUGCGCACAGCUGAUGUGCGGCGUGUUCUGUCCCAAACAGACAUUUCUCAAAUGUGGAAAAAUGCUUUAAAGCCUAUGCUCAUUGAAAGGUUUUCUGGAUCUCCAGGAAAUUUUGCUGUGCGGCAACACAUUAAACAGCGAUUGCAGAGGCUUCAAGCUGGGUGGAUUAUAGAAGAAGACACAUUUCAAAGUCAAACCCCUUUUGGAUAUGUGGCAUUCUCAAAUGUUAUUGCCACUCUAAAUCCAUCUGCUCUACGUCACUUGGUCCUUGCCUGUCAUUAUGAUUCAAAAUACUUUAGUCCCCAGUGGGAUGGUAAAGUAUUUAUCGGGGCUACAGAUUCAGCUGUACCAUGUGCUAUACUAUUAGAGCUUGCCCAAGCUUUGGAUUACCGACUUCAGCAGUUAAAGGGGAGAAACUCGGGAUUGAAGCCAGAUCUUUCCCUUAAGCUAAUUUUCUUUGAUGGAGAAGAAGCCUUUCAUCAGUGGACACCAUAUGAUUCUCUUUAUGGCUCUCAGCAUUUAGCUCAGAAGAUGGAAAGUACUUCACACCCACCCAAUGCUGAAAACACUAAUCAACUUCAUGGCAUUGAUUUAUUUAUUUUGCUUGAUUUGAUUGGAGCUGCAAAUCCUACUUUUCCAAACUACUUCCAAAAUACAGUACGUUGGUUUAACAGGCUUCAAUCUAUUGAAAGAAGACUUCAUAAUCUUGGACUACUGAAAAAUCAUCCCUCUGAAAUUGUAUAUUUUCUAAGCAGUUUGCGAGCGAGACAAGUCGAUGAUGAUCAUGUUCCAUUUUUACAAAGAGGUGUUCCAGUCCUGCAUGUCAUUCCUUCACCCUUUCCAGAUGUUUGGCACUCCUUUCAAGAUAACGAAGAAAAUCUUGAUUCUUCAACUAUUGACAACAUGAAUAAAAUUUUACAAAUUUUUGUACUUGAAUACCUUAAUAUAUAAUGAUAUUGUAUAAAUGUAUACAUUUUCUGUUACAACAAUAAUAUAGUAAUUUGGUAGUGGUAUUAUAGUAGUAAAAUGUGGUAGAUUCCGUUUUAUAGAAAUUAUUAAAAUUGCAAAUCUGUUGUAUUACAAUAGCUAUUUGGAAAAACUGAAUAGUAUGUUUAAAUUAUAUCUAUCAUUUCAGGUGAAUUUUUAGAAUUAGCUACAGUAACUUGUUUGUGCCUGAGCAAGUGUUCCUAAACACAAUUUCACCUGUAUCUGCUAUAAUGUUGUCUGUGACUCAUUAGCUCAGUACAGGCUUACAAUGAACCAAAUUUUGUUUGUUUUUCUUGUUGAGCUCCCUUUGUUCUCCAUCCUCUGUACUGGGUACAGUCAUCUGUUCCUACAUAACACAUAAGAACAGGAGGUCUGUCUGAUUUAAAUCAUCCCCCAGUCUUAUCCUAAGCAGAAUGCUUAGGACACUGUAACUAAGUUUUUUUUAAAUGUUUUAUAGUUUUUUUAUAGUUUACCAGGGAGUGCAGAGACUAUGA